AAACAAUUUCACUCUUUCUCACGCGCUUCAAACUUUUCUCAGAAACUAACAAAAAUUUUCUCGAGAAAAAAAAAUCUAAAGAACAAAAAUGGCGGAUCAGCUUACCGAUGACCAGAUCUCAGAGUUCAAGGAAGCUUUCAGCCUAUUCGACAAGGACGGAGAUGGUUGUAUCACCACUAAGGAGCUUGGGACAGUGAUGAGAUCACUUGGGCAGAACCCAACAGAAGCUGAGCUCCAGGACAUGAUCAACGAAGUUGAUGCAGACGGGAACGGGACAAUAGAUUUCCCAGAGUUCCUUAACCUUAUGGCACGGAAGAUGAAAGACACAGAUUCAGAAGAGGAGCUUAAGGAAGCAUUCAGAGUUUUCGACAAGGACCAGAACGGUUUCAUCUCCGCGGCUGAACUCCGCCAUGUGAUGACAAAUCUUGGGGAGAAACUUACGGAUGAGGAAGUCGAUGAGAUGAUCAGAGAAGCUGAUGUCGAUGGUGAUGGUCAGAUCAACUACGAAGAGUUCGUUAAAGUCAUGAUGGCAAAGUGAGAUUCUUCUUAUCCCUCAAAAAUCCCCAAGUCUGUUUUUUUUGUUCUUCUUCUUCAAAUCUUUAAAACUGAGAAAAGCAAUUUAUUGAACAAACGAUACAGACAGAUAAAGAUUUGCUUCAUUGUUUGUUUUGUUGUUUGGUCGUAAUUUUUUUUGGUUUGCUUCUUCUUUACUUUGAUUGCUUCCUUAUUCGCUUCUUUGGUUUUGUUAUGUGUCUGUGAAGUUUGAACUCAUAAUUUGCUCUGCUUUAGUCUCUUGACCAUUU